GAUUACUUGAUCUGUGUUGGCAAUUUGGCAUUUGUAAUCUGUCAUUUCAUUUUUAUUAUUAAAAAAUGCAAAACAAAGAAUCUUAAUAGUUUCUAAUCGCACAAACCAAAACAAAUUUUAUCUGCCGUUAUUGAAUUUCUAUCAUACCAUCAUACCCAUAUAUUUUUGUGAAUUACUUAUAUAGCAUUUAUUAUAAGAAAGUUUUAUUAACACAUCACGCCGAUAUAAAGUUUCAAGCAUGGAGCAACUACAUCAGGCACAGACAAUACCUCACAUUGUCCAAGUUUAUCAACCUUCCAUAUCAAACAAUAAAAUUGAAAAUUUUCAAAUAAUUCAUAUUUCACAUCCGUCACUGCAAGAUUCACAAGAGAAAAUUACCUAUCAGCAAUCUGUGUCUGACACUCUCCAUAUGCCUGUGACUAAUCAUAAUAAUGACCCACACAUACAAUUAAAUCAGAAUCAAAUAUCCAUUCCAUGUCAGCAGGCACAUUUGAAUUUGAAUUUACAACAAAUACAGGGUCACAUCACAUUGCAAAGUUCAGAUAUGGCUCAGAGUUUGCAGAUGACUUCACAUAUGUUGAUGCCUCAACCUCCUGUAUUCAAACAGCACAUGUUAUUGAGUAGCGAACAGCAACAAUAUUAUGGAUAUGAUUAUCAAAAGGAGCAGUGUGUUGUAACUAAAGAAGAGCCAGGGUUAACUGACAAAAAGAUGGAGUGUAAAUCAGAAAGUGCUCAAAUAGAAAUAGAAAUUGUACCAUCAAGUAAGCGAACAAGGAGUCAAAUUCCAAACCCAGAAAAGUGGGCUUGCAACAUACGUAAAAUGAAGCAUCAAAGAGGGGAGGCCUACAUUAGCAGAAGAGGGAAAUAUGUUCCUGAAAGACGAGUGAAAAAUACUAAAGACUGUCUCAAAACUUGUAAAUACAAAUGUAAUGAGAAAAUUAACAAUACAGAUCGGGAACAUAUAUUUAGGGCUUUCUAUUCUUUAAAUGCGAAUGAGAAAAGACACUUUUUACUAAAUACAACAGAGAGAAAUCAUGCCAGACAUAAAAUUAUGGAUGGUCAACACAAGAGAAAGUAUUCUUUUAAAUAUUUUUUUCUAGUUAGAGCAGUAAGGUAUACAGUGUGUAAGAAUUUUUAUUUAGGAACUUUAGCUAUAUCACAGAAACCAGUUUAUAAUGUACAUUUGGGAAAAUCUGAUAUGAAUUUACCCAAACCUGAUGGUAGGGGAUUAUCAGAAGCAAGUACUCAUAGUUUACCUGCUGAAGUAAAGGAUAGAGUUCGAAAACAUAUAAUGUCAUUUAAAACAGUAGAAUCAAAAUCAAUAAAACAGUUUUCAAAGAAAAAGCAAUAUCUACCACCUGGUUUAAGUAUAAAAAAAAUGUAUACAAUGUAUUAUAGUGACUGUAGCAAUGAGAAUUUGGUACCUGUUAAAGAGUCAAUGUAUAGGAAAAUUUUGAAAGAAGAAUUUAAUUUACAUUUAAAAAAAAUUAAGUCUGAACAACAGUUAUGUUGUAGAUGUAAAGGAACUAUUAAGAAAAAAUCCUAACUGAAACUGGAUACAAUUUUUUAUACUAUUUGUUUGAUGUAGAAAAAAAUAUUCAAAGUUUUUAUGGAUUUGUUAUCUCAAAUAAGACAUUACAGGGUUAUUGCAUGUUGCUGUCAGUAUGGAAAUUGUAUAAUUUGGAUGUUAAUCUCCAGUGAGUAGAGGACUGUUUUGUUGUAAUUUUUUUUUGUUAUACUAAUAGAUCAAACAAGUGAAAUUAAUUUUUAAUUAAAAUUGCUAUAUAAUAGGAGGUGACAGAAAUGGCAUAACAAGCCAAAGUCCAGCAUUAGUAAAUUAUUAGUAAGAAUACUAUAUUACUAAUAGUUAUUAGUAUUAUAUUGUCCAUGUUACUGUUUAAACUUGAUGAAUUUGUUUCAAUGAGCAUAGAUUAGUAAAUGAAAUAUUGAAAAAUACAAGGUAAUAGAUUCUAAUUGAAAUGGGUUUUUUCAGUUCUUUUGUGGUGUUGCAACAACGCCAUCUAGUAUGAAGAUAAUACUACUGACUUUUCUGUCCAUUAAUAACUGCAAUUAGUCUUAUGAGUAGAAUUUUUUAUAUAUUGAAAGGGCGUGUAGAUGGGUGCUACUGUAGGCAGUACUCUUCCCUUUUCUUUUGCCUUAUAUAGUCAACUAAUUUUACUGAACUGUGUGUUAUUUUGCAGAUGUCUAUUUCACUGGUUAUUUGUUUAAUUCCGCUAUUAUUAGUAUGCGUGCUACUGUCAACACUCGAAAAUUGCCUACUAUUAUUACCAGAAACUCUACAAAUUAUUCUUAUUAAUCAAUCUCCGACUGAGUCAACCAACCAAUUAGAAUUUCAUUCAUUAUGUCGUACCUCUUCACUAGCAUUCUGUCUCGAAUCAUGUUGACAUGAGCGUAUCCUUACAAUUGAGAACUAUAAUAGGUAUGUGCAUACCGUAUACAACUAGGUGGCGUUGUAUACAGAAAUUUAUAGUACUUGUUAACCAACUUUAAGAAAAGGAGAAGGGGUUCUCAAUUCAACCCUAUAAAUGCUUUUUUUAUAGUGUAACAAUAUGGAAAUUGAAGAAAUAAGAGAAGGCGUUUGGUGAAGUGGUAAACUUUAAAAGAAAAAUAUUUUUAAGGUGUUUAUUAUUGAGAGGCCUUAAUGCAGAAAAUAAGAAAAUAAAUUCACACCCUUAUUUUUUAAAUAUUUAUUCAUUUUUAAUAACAUUUUUUUAAUCUAUGUUCCUUGAGGAAAGUUGUUCAUUGUCAUGAAUUAUCCAGCCAGAUUUCGCUUGUUAUAUCCAUUUUAUUACACCUCUACAUUAUCAUUUGAAUGGGCAGUAUUAAUAGUGUUUUGUAAACAGCAAUUUUAUAUUUUGUAAUUUUCAUUUUAACAUGAGCUAGUUAUUUAGUUCUGACAUAAUGAGUUAUUUAUCAAAUGUAUAAAAAGCUUUUGUUGCCUUUUCAAAAAGACAGUAAAUUAUUUUAUAAGGACUAGUCAAUUUAGGUGUAAAAUUAUCUGUAGCUGAGUCUUGGUGCGUGGAAUAAUUGUGUUCUGAGGGCCUGCCAUGAAGUGUUUUCCGAAAUUUCGGAGCCAAACGAAACACAAAUUUGAUGUUGAAAUUACAUAAUACAUGUCGUUUGGAAAUAUUAAAAAUGUUAAAAUAUUGUUCCUUUGGACUUUUAUGAUAGGAUGUAUGACGAACGAAAUGUUAAACAUCAUUUAUUCGUCCGAUUUUGGUAUAAACAAAAACACGAAAUUAAGUCCGAAAUUUCGGGAUUUCAUUUCAUGGUAGACCCGCUGGACAAAACUACGCUUUAUGUCCAUUUCUUAAAGUUUAGUUUGCAUAUAUCGUUGUUAUACGCAUCAAAAUUCGGGUGAUGAACUAUUAUAUCUUUAAAAAAUAAAUGUAUUGAUACUAAACUACGAUAUUGUAGUAAGACUAUUUUUAUAUCGCAGAAGUGCUUUUUAUGUAAACGAGACGCAAAUAAAGCAUGGUUUUAAGUAAUUA